UUGUCAUCAUCCGUUCAACAUUGUCGACAUCGGACGCGAUCACAUCGUGGUGGUCAAUGCAGUGCGAUCCUUUUUUUAAUUAACGAGUCUCUUGCAUUUCUCAUGUAAAAAUUCACGCGCCUAGUGAUCGAAAAUGCUUGUCUUUACGCGACUGCUCAAAGUUAUUCGCGCAUUAUUCUUGGUGAAAAGAAGAAAUACUUUCGGAUAAUCCCACGUAAUAACAACUACUGUGAAAAGGAAGAAUUUAUGUAAUAAACCAAACAUUAUGAGAAUGAUCGAAGACUAUGCAAAUCAAUCAUUCGAAUGGGUUGCUCGGUGAAAGAAGCUUACCCAAUAGAACUGACAAGGUAAUCGAACAGUUUUGCGAAUAGCUUUUUACGAAUCUUUAAUAUCACCUGAGUAGGAAAACAUUCGCACCUUGUAAGAGAUUUCGACAUUAACUUUGGGAUCUCGAUUUACAUAACUCAACGCGACCACGCUUUCUAUAAUAUAUUCUUCGUAGUAAUAACGCACAGUUGGCGAAUCAUCGUCGGGAAUCAAGAUUGUCGACAAAUAGAAACAAUGUACCGUCGAAUCGUGAGAUACAUGAAGCCGAAAAAAAUUAUUAUUCGCCGACGCAAGAAUAAAUAUUCCUUAGGUAGAAAAAUGAACAUGAUAUUUAUUACUCGUCGUCCAUUUAUGAAUAUGUCACUUUCAGUCGAGAGUGAGUUAGACUUUAUAUAACAUGGCAUUUAUCAGAAGCACGUAUCCAUAAAGAAAUAUUUGGCACGUGUCAGCUUGUUAUGUUCCAUUGUAUGAGACAGCCCCGCAUCAAGAUAAUUGCCAUGUUUUUGAUGCAUCAGAAGAAUGAAAUAAAUAAGAAGAUAAAGCGAUUUACCAAGAAAGAAUAAAAUUGGGAAAGCAAAGUGGGAAGAUUCUCGAACAGUCUCGGGUGUACCUCAACGUCGUCAACGGAGAGUGACCUUGACCUGAAAAAUAAGCGCGAAGCGGAAUCGGAAGCGGUUCACAAAGAGCAUUAACCGUGUAUCUUGUAGCGGAUUGUCGUAAAAAGCGAUUGCUCGCGGCCAACGUUGACGACGUUGCCCCAUCGACAUCUGCGUUAAUACCUAGGUUGAAUGUUGUGUACGAAGGCGGAUCAACUCGUACGUUACAAGAGCGGCGCCGUAGGCUGAUCGUAGGAAAGAGCGUAACGGAAAGCGAAUCCAGGGAGAGAAGAGGGGGGAGGUGGUGGUACGAAACGCUGGCGGUGACCGGCGAAGGAAGGAGAUAGAUAGAGCACCGACGCGUCUCGUAAUGCACGAUGGUGCAUUAGCCCGAAGUCGCGAGACCACCGUGCGAUUUCUCUCGCGCUCUCGCAACUCGCACCUGAACUCGCACCUGAACUCGGACGCCUUCCUUGAGAGCCGUUCCUCCAAAGUUGUAUCGCGCUGUUGGACUUGGACCAAUAAUACAUUCGGAAAGAGACUUGCUAUAUAUGACUCCAAUCGUCUCCGUAUAAAGUGAAAUAUAUCUUUUUCUUUGACAAAAGAUAUGUCUGAAAUGACGACGACUAUCGUGGGUGCGCCUGCAGGGCUCACGCCAGAGAAGAAACAAGCGAACCUGACAGUGGCCGAUAAGUCCAACAGUGCCAUCACUUGGAAGUCCAUGAGUAUCCAACAAAAAUGGUCCUUCUUAACUAGCAACAUCACCGUUGAGCCGAUGGUCGCGUGCUAUGUGAUCCCUAGCGUGCUCUCUUCACUGGCCACGCAGAAUCUUAUUCUCGAAAAGGCGUGUCGAGUGAAUCUGGCUUAUUCGGAUGAGAUAUGCUCGGCUUUAUCUGCCAGAAACACCACCGGCUACGAGGCCGAAGAGACCGCGGUUCAACAGCUGGUAGCGCGCAUGCAAACAUGGAAGACACCGUUACAAAGUGCCCUACCGGCCAUUCUGAUUUUAUUUAUGGGUGCAUGGAGCGAUCGCACCGGUUUGAGAAAGCCUUGUAUGUUGCUGCCGAUAAUCGGCGAGUUCUUCAGCAGUGUCACUCUCAUCGCUUGCACCUAUUGGUUCCACGAGCUGCCCAUGGAGACGGUUGUACUAGAGACGGUAUGGCCUGCGUUAACCGGCGGAUGGUUCACCAUGUUCAUGGGCAUCUUUAGUUAUAUAGCAGACAUCACGUCCGUAGAAUCGAGAACACUUAGGAUCGGCGCGGCCAAUGUUUUCCUAUCCCUCGGCGUGCCAAUCGGCAUGGCCUUAUCGGGGAUACUGUACACGAAGCUGGGUUUUUACGGUGUCUUUACUAUCUCGAUGGUGUGUUAUGUAAUGAGCUUUGUGUACGGAUUAGUGGUCAUUAAAGAGCCACCGAGGGUAUUAGCGGAGCGUGCGCGGAAAAAAACCCUUCCAAACAAGGGCAAACGAAUCUCAGUGUGUGCUUUUAUUCUAAACUUUUUUUCGUUGAGGCACAUAGAGGAGACAUUUCGCGUAGCAUUCAAGAAAGGAGCGAACAAUCGCCAGAAAAGAGUCAUCGUGCUCAUGGUUAUUGUUAUGGUUGUCAUUGGACCCCUUUAUGGUGAAAUGGCGGUUCUCUAUCUUUACAUGCGAUACCGAUACAAUUGGAACGAAGUGUCGUUCAGCAUGUUUUCCACGUUUGGCAUGGUAACUAAUCUGAUUGGCACCGCGAUUUCCGUCGGUAUCUUCAGUCACAUCCUCAAAAUAGAUGACGCGAUUGUGGGUAUCAUGAGCUGCAUGAGUAAAAUUUUAGCAAGUUUUGUCUACGCGUUCGCCACAAGUGCUUGGAUGGUCUACGUAGCUGCUAUUGUGGAGAUCGUAAACGGUACAUCUUUUAUUGCCAUGCGAUCAAUAGCGUCCAAGCUCGUGCCUACAGAUGAACUCGGUAAAGUCAAUUCAUUGUUUGGUGUGUGCGAGUCUUUAAUGCCGCUUAUUUACGGACCCAUGUACAGCGCUAUUUACGCGGCGACCAUGAAUACAUUACCUGGGACUUUUUUCAUCGCCGGAGGAUCCAUGACAAUGCCCGCGGUAUUUGCAUUUUUGUGGUUGUACAUGGAGCAUCGAAAGGAUCGUAUGCUAAAGGAACAGAAAGAUCCCGAAGCUAUGAUCAAUCAUAAAAACGAAGACACGACAGACCACAGUUUGAAGAACAUUCGGAUUAUAGAUACGCAAAAGGUUGAAAUAAUGAAUGGCAUAGAUAACGCGGCCUUCGAAUCUGAGAAGUUGUGAUCUCACGAUUUACGUGAUCUUUUUAAUAUAUAUAUAUAUAUAUAUAUAUAUAUAUAUAUAUAUAUAAAUGUAAAGACAGAUGAUACGUUAAUAAUACCUCAUCAAAAAGAAAGGACUGAAGGGGCAUCUUAAAGCCAGUGUCGGUAAAGCGCUAAUCGAGGAGCUAUUGAUAAUGGAACUAGCAAAUUCAUUUUACGCACAGAAACCAAAGUAACUUCAAAGCAAAUACAUAUAUUCAAUAGUGUUAAAAUCCGAGGUACAUAAAGUUUCCGGCAAUUUUGUCGCAGAAAAAAAUACUUUUGAAAUUUUUUCGGGAUUUGUUAGAGAUGAACUAUUUGUUAGAGAUAACACUUAUGUUCGGAACAAAGUUUAACAGAAUUAAAAUUUCUAAACUUUUAAAAUUCUGCAAAAUUUUGCAAAAAUAAAUAAAGAUUCAAAGCUACUGUAUCUUUCAAAUGCAACUGCUAACAGUUAUCUACUUCAUAAAGCAUUGAAGUACAAUUUAAGUGUAAAUAAAAAAUUUUGGUAACUCUUUUUGCCAUCCAUCACUUCAUUUAUAGCAAUGUAUAGAUUCUUUUUCAAGCAUUUGCGAGAUAUAAAGAACAUUCUGAAUAAAUAGGGUAACUUACCGGAUUACAUUUAUAAUUUAACAUUUGUAUAAGUUAAAAUAAUAUAUAACGGGAAUUAUUUAAAAAAUAUUAUUUUUUAAGAAAAUAUAUAAUUAAAACAAUCAUUUUAGAAUAGACGAAAAUUCUCUCCUUAUUUUUUUUUAGAGAUUGCAAGAGGCAUUAGUUUACUAGUAUACUGACAUAUGGUAAAAAUUUUUCUGUGCAGAAUUUUUUUAUAACACAAUCUUUUCUAAGAUAAAUGUGAUGUAAUAUAUCAUAUCUCAUAAUCUUCAAUUUUGGUAUCGUUUAAAAGCGAUCAAUACAUGCAACAAUAGCGUCUUUGAUAGUGGCGUUAAAUACAAUACUCAGAUUUUUAUUUAACGAUCUAUAUGCUUUAUGCUGAGUAUAUAUAUUACUAGUACAAACUGUACUUAAAAACAGAUUAUAACGAUAGCGUAAAAGAACUAUGCACACAUUACAUAGGUAUUCAUACUACAUAACAUUAAUUAAUCAAUUUCCGAUUACACAAAUUCUUAAUAACAAGCUCGUAAAAAAUAUAAAUCCUUCUUCCUUCUAACAAUGAGUAAAUUUUACAAGAAGCAUGAUAAAGACAUGCUAUUUAAUAUCUCAAGGAUUUUGUCGAAUAAAACUUGAUCAGCGUAUAUCAAUAUGUAAUUUCAUUUAUAAUUAAUUUUAGUUAAGCUUAAUACAAAUUUUAUUUAAGAUUUACUAUACAUGUAUAUUCGCAUAUACGACAAUAUACAUUCAAAAUUGAUAAAAAUAAAUAAUGUAUUUAUAACUGUUUUUGUAAUACACGUUUUCCACAUAUAGAACUUCCAUACCUGACGUUUUCUUGUUUAGAGCUAUAGCUUAUUAAAUUUCUGCAUAUUUAUAACUUUUAUGUGUAAUAUAUAAAUUAAAAUGUAAUAAUUUAUACAUAUAUGUAUAUGUACACAUACACACACAGCGGGCGCGGUCGCAAAAUAAAUGGCGCGCGCGCUUAUGUUCUAGUUUACAGAAAAAUUAUAGAUUUUCAUUGAUCAUAUUUUUGAAAAGUUUGUAUCUAAAAAAUUUUUUUGAAAUAAUUAUACAUAUAAUCUAUCAUAUAUUAAAAAUAUCUGUUUAGAAACAAAUAAAAAAACUAAAAAAUAAAUUAUGGCUGUACGUAAUCUUAAACUUCAGUCAAUGCACAAUGAAAAUUGUAACGUUGUGAUGCUUUUGUUACAUUACAAUUUUCUUUACAUUAAUUGAAAUUUAAGAUUACGUAUAAAUCUAACGAUAAGUUUACGGUCAGUACUUAACGUAACGUAACGCGUUAUGAAAAAGUUUGUGCAAUGACCUUUACACGUGAUAAUUAGAUUUUUAAAAAAUCAAUUAUUUUUCCACUUUCUUUAAGAAUCAAUCCAUAAAAGUAUUAACAGAUUGUACUUACAUCUAAUUCUUCUUUGACCUUUGUAAUGAGUAGUUAGGAAGAAUCGAUAGAAAUCAAUAAUGAAUGGAGAAACAAAAAAAAAGAUGUCAUAAGAUCACCAACGGUCGACUAUAAUUUUUUAGUUAAUAUGUAGAAUUGAUUAUCAGAGUUAUCAAUUAUAAAUAAUUACUAUAAUUAUAAAGUUAUCAACCUUCUAUUUGUCUUUAUAAAAAAAACUCAAAGAUUUUAAAUUUUGCAAGUUUGGAGAAAUAUAUCAAGAGAAUAAAUCAUUAGAGUAUAUGCGGAAAUUAAAAUUUAACAAUUUUAAAUAUUUCUAAAAAAUUUUUAACUUAAAACUUUUACACCUCACUUGAAUUUUAUAAUGCAUUAAGUAAAUUCAAAUUAAAUUUACAAUAAUCAUAAAAUAUUUUUAUUUUUAAAGAUUGGAUUUUUUU